UGAUGUCCUGUCACAUCGUUGACGUCUGUCAGUAGGGCCGAGCAAGUAUCGUCCGACAGCCAAAAUGGCUCAAAUAAUGAAUGUUUUGUUGCGAAAAUCAGCAAAUUUAGGGCCAGCUAAGGCUCUACUGAAUGCCGCGCCGGCCCUUCUUAAUGCAAACCAAAACCGAGCAGCUCACAGAUGGUUCCCAGACACGGAGUAUGUGAAGCAGUUCGAGGGUGCUGUCAUGUACCCAGAUGAGGUCACCUCAUUACUGAAGCACCCGCCCUACUCAGGCAUCGUGGCGCCGGCGGAGAAGCAGGUGCGCAACAUGGUGCUGAACUUCGGGCCGCAGCACCCCGCCGCGCACGGCGUGCUGCGCCUCGUGCUCGAGCUCGACGGCGAGACCGUCCGUGCCGCAGACCCCCACAUAGGGCUCCUGCACCGCGGCACGGAGAAGCUCAUCGAGUACAAGACCUACACCCAGGCGCUGCCCUACUUCGAUCGUCUGGACUAUGUGUCCAUGAUGUGCAACGAGCAAUGCUACUCUUUGGCCGUUGAAAAACUUCUAAACAUCGAUAUACCCAUUCGCGCCAAGUAUAUUCGCACUCUGUUCGCCGAGAUCACUCGCAUCUUGAACCACAUAAUGGCGGUGGGCACGCACGCGCUGGACGUGGGCGCACUCACCCCCUUUUUCUGGUUGUUCGAGGAGAGAGAGAAGAUGAUGGAGUUCUAUGAGAGGGCGAGCGGGGCGAGAAUGCACGCGGCUUAUAUUAGGCCUGGGGGAGUUGCUUUGGACAUGCCGCUCGGGCUGAUGGACGACGUCUACGAGUUCGCGAGCAAGUUCGCGGAGCGCGUGGACGAGGUGGAGGACGUGCUCAGCACCAACAGGAUCUGGGUGCAGCGCACCAAGGACAUCGGCGUCGUCAGCGCGCAGGACGCGCUCAACUACGGCUUCAGCGGUGUAAUGCUCCGUGGCUCCGGGAUCAAAUGGGAUCUGCGCAAGUCUCAGCCUUACGACGCGUACCACCUGGUCGACUUCGACGUGCCGCUCGGUACCAACGGCGACUGUUACGAUCGUUACCUGUGCCGCGUGGAAGAGAUGCGUCAGUCCCUGCGCAUUAUCGACCAGUGCUUGAACCAGAUGCCGCCCGGCGAGAUCAAGACUGACGACGCCAAACUUACGCCUCCUUCUAGAGAAGAGAUGAAGACGUCGAUGGAAGCCCUGAUCCACCACUUCAAGCUGUUCACGCAGGGCUACCAGGUGCCGCCCGGGGCCACCUACACCGCCAUCGAGGCCCCCAAGGGCGAGUUCGGCGUCUACCUCGUGUCCGACGGCGGCUCCAAGCCUUACCGUUGCAAGAUCAAGGCGCCCGGCUUCGCGCACCUGGCGGCGCUGGAGGCGGUGGGCCGCAACGCCAUGCUGGCCGACAUCGUGGCCAUCAUCGGCACGCUGGACGUCGUGUUCGGCGAGAUCGACCGGUAGGCGGGCUCCGGGCUCCGGGCUCCGGGCUCCGGGAGGGGUGCUGGUUGCCAACUUUUCUAGGGAAAUGUGCUCUAAUUGGCAAUUUUUCUAGGGAAUUGUGCUAAAUUGGCAACUUUUGUAGGAAAAUGUGCUAAAUUAGCAACUUUUCUAGCAAAAUGUGCUAAAUUAGAAACAUUUCUAGGGAAAUAUGCUAAAUUGGCAACAUUUCCAGAGAAAUGUGCUAAAAUGGCAAGUUUUGUUGAAGAAAGUGCGAAAUUGGCGGCUUUUUUAAUUACGUUAGGUGUUCGCCAAAUAUCACGUGGGGUGAAGAAGAAUAUAUGUAUACGUAAUUUAUUUCUGGUAAAAAAUAAUGUAAGAAUACCAGCAAAAUAUAUAUUAUUCGUGAUACUACCAAAAAUAACAAUGCAAUUUGUGUUAUUUAAACAUAUCAUCGCAUUUGUACUUAAAAUACAUUUGAUUUUAAUAUCACGCGAGAUUAAGGUCGAGGUAAAUCUUACAUCUCAAUAACACCUCACGCAAUUAAUGGACGCCCCCUCUAGAAACGAGGCAUGCUAAUUUAGCAACUUUUCAAGCAAAAGAUGCUAAUUGGCAAUUUUGCUACGCUUAGCAUCUUUUGAAUUAUCGAGUUGGCAAAAUGAACAACUGUAAUAUUUAGUGUUUUUACUAUUUAUUGAGACAUAUUUGAAAAACCAUCCAUACAAUUAUAAUCCCUGUUCGAGACUAAGUGUUUUAAUGUUACGUUGUAAAUCAAAGAUUCGUUUAAGACCUAUUUUAGUUUUAUCUUCACUAAUAAAAGUAAAACACUAAAUAUGUCAGUCAUAAUACGUAAGAACUAGGGAAAUAAGUUGUAACUACCCUCAAAAUAAAAUGAAAAUCAGUAAAAAAUUAAUAAAUACCGUCAAAAUAUAUCUCUUUUUUGCACUUAUUACUUUGUCUAUUGACUUUAUUUUCCCAAAUAAAUGGACUAAAUUCCAUAAAUUUGGUCACCAUUAGCUCUUAAGAGAAUCCUGUCUUGAAAAUAGAUAAUUUUUACGUUUUAAGUAAAUAAAUUAUUAGAAAUGUACUGUUUUCUUUAUUGUAAAUAAAUGCAAAGAUUACUAAGUG